UGUCCACUACGAUGGUUUUUAUGGGCUUUAAAUAAAUAUAUCGGCCGAACAUUAUUCAGUGGCACUACCCUUUAAUUCGCUUGCUGUCGAAAUCCGUUUCAUCCGACACAGCGAUUGCUGAUGUGUUGCACUGAAACCGCACUGAAACCAUCCUGUAACUUUGAAGAAACUGAAAUUUUGCCGAAAUCUUCAGAAAAAGUUUCUUGCGACGGAAGAAAGGCCUCAAUAAUGCUAAAUUCAGACAGAUUUUGAAGCUUCGCCCAACUAUCUCACCAUGGACUCGAAGAAGCCGAGCAUGUUGAGCCAACUGCGCCACCGAACCAGGCCCCUGUUCAGCAACCUUCGCAGAGGAAAGAAGAGCCCCAGCAAGCCUGAGGUCCGCCCAGAGCACAUGCUGGACCACCGGAUGAGCUUGUCUGUGCCUGACAUCAGAGACCUGCGUCGGGAGUCCUGCCCCGUCCCCUCUGCCCUGCGGCCUCCAGACUUCAGGCCCCCCGACACCUACCACAGUAGUCCUUCCAGCCCACAGACUUGGUGUCAGACCCCCGUGGCAGACCAAGGGGUUGUGAACUGUCCUGCUGGAUCUACCCUCGCUGUGAGGAGUUCCCCCAGACUGGGUGUGCCUAUAGACAGCACUGACUGUGCCUCUCAGGAGUCUGGACACAGCAGGGGCCCCUAUGAGGAGGAGGAGGAAGAAGAAGAGGAGGAGGGCCUCCCAGACCAGAGCUCCAGAGCAGCUGGGAUCAUGGAACAGCAGCCAAGGGAACUGGCCCAGACUGAGACCAUGAUACUGAACAGCAGAACUGUCCCUUCUGUGGAGGUAUCAGACGACAUCACUGAGCACCAUAGCAACAGCAAUGACCUUGAUGCUCAAACCUUCCAUGACAUUGAAAACAACGGUUUUGAGAUGGGCAGUGAGGUGCUGAGUGUGUCGGAGAGUGUGCGCGAGCUUCAGAGGUCCUACCUCCUCAGCAUCAAUCUAAAGGAGGGCCGUAAUCUGGUCAUCAGAGACCGCUGUGGUACCAGUGACCCUUAUGUGAAGUUCAAAUUAGAUGGAAAAACAAUCUACAAAAGCAAAGUGGUCUACAAGAACCUAAACCCAACAUGGAAUGAAUCCUUCUCCUUCCCUGUCCGGGACCUGGAUCAUAGACUCUAUAUUAAGGUGUAUGACCGUGAUCUGACCACUGAUGACUUUAUGGGCUCAGGCAGUGUUCUACUGAGUGAACUGGAACUAGAAAAAACUUGUGAAAUGGUCCUGCGGCUGGAUGACCCCAAUAGUCUGGAGGAUGACAUGGGCGUCAUUGUGGUGGACAUGUGCUUGUCCCUCAGAGAUGGGGAGGGUAAAAGAAAUAAUAAAUGGCCGCCUAAAAGAAAACGUAGUUUACGGUCAGGUGUGUCGCACCAGAGCCGUCGCCUGUCCGAGUCCCUGAGGAAAAGCCAGUUAUGGAGCACGGUGAUCAGGGUCACCCUGGUGGAGGGCCAAGACCUGCCUGUGGAUGGCCAAGGGGAGGUGUUUGUACGCUUUAAACUGGGCGACCAGAGAUACAAGAGCACGAAUCAAUGUAAGAAGCCCAAACCACAGUGGAGGGAGAGAUUUGACUUCAAUCGGUUCCUAUACAGUCCAGAUGUCCUGGAGGUGGAAGUCUGGUCAAAAGAGGGAAGAAAAUAUGAAGAGUGUUAUGGAAGAUGUGAAGUGGACCUGUCCAUGGUUCCUGCCAAUCAGACUCAUCUGUUCAACCAGCCGCUGGAUCGGGGUAAAGGUCGUGUUGUCUUCCUGAUAUCACUGAGUGCGUGCAGUGGCGUCUCCAUCUCCGACCUGUGCGCUCCGCCCUUGGAGGAGGCCCAUGAGAGAGACAACAUGUUCGAAAGAUACUCUUUGAAAGGGUCCUUUAAAAACCCAAGAGAUGUCGGCUUCCUUCAGAUCAAGGUGAUCAAGGCAGCGGAUCUUUUGGCGGCAGAUUUGAAUGGGAAGAGUGAUCCAUUCUGUGUGUUGGAACUGGGGAAUGAUAGACUGCAGACUCACACUGUCUACAAAACUCUCAACCCAGAGUGGAACAAAGUCUUUACCUUCCCAGUUAAAGACAUCCAUGACAUUCUGGAGGUCACCGUGUUUGACGAGGAUGGUGACAAACCGCCAGAUUUUCUUGGCAGAGUGGCGAUACCCUUGCUGUCUAUCCACAAUGGCCAGCAGAUAGCCUGCCAGCUGAGAAAAGAGGACUUAGGAGCCCUAACCAAAGGGACCAUAUCACUAGAACUGGAAGUUAUUUUUAACCCUGUUAGAGCUGGUAUCAGAACAUUCAAACCAAAGGAAAAAAAAUUCAUGGAAGACAAUCCAAAGUUUUCAAAAAAGAUCCUGGCCAGAAAUGUACUCCGUGUUCGUACCCUCUACAAGGCCAUAAUGUCUACAUUACAAUAUAUCAAAAGCUGCUUUCAGUGGGAGAGUGUCCAGAGGAGUCUCAUAGCAUUCCUGAUGUUCUUGGUGACGGUGUGGCACUGGGAGUUCUACAUGUUGCCCCUCUUCCUUGUUCUCCUCAUCUCAUGGAACUACCUCCAAGAGGCCUCUGGAAGAGUCAAUCAAGAUUUGGACCACGUGGAUUUUGCCGAUGAAGAUGACGAAGAUGAAAAGGAAUCUGAGAGGAGAGGUUUGAUGGAAAAAAUUCACAUGGUUCAAGAAACUGUCAUCACUGUUCAGAAUCUAUUGGAGGAAAUUGCAUGCUUCGGGGAGAGAAUUAAGAACACAUUCAACUGGUCUGUGCCCUUCCUGUCCAACCUGGCAUUCCUCGUUUUCCUUAUUUUAACAGUUAUAGUGUACUUCAUUCCUCUUCGCUACAUUGUUCUAGUGUGGGGUAUAAAUAAAUUCACCAAGAAAUUACGGGACCCUUAUGCGAUUGAUAACAAUGAAGUCCUUGAUUUUCUGAGGAGGGUGCCUUCAGAUGUUCAAAAGGUGCAGUACAGUGAACCGAAAGCCAGCAGCUCACUAAGCCCACUCAGGAGGAAGAGAACUACAUAGAAAGGUGUCAGGGCAUGGUCGGGGCACAGGUUCCGAACGGAGAACACGGCUUGCACACUGAACUCAAUGCCCGUUCCUACCAAUGAAUAGCCCACGCUAUGAAGGAUAAGGAAACUGCCGACGAAAGCUGCUCCUAAAUUCCCCGUCUGGUGUUACCGGUCGAGUUUGAAUGUUCACAAAAUGAAUGUUUUUAAAAACCACAUUUGACACUUUGAUACACUAUGCCACUACAAGUUUUUUACUGUCCAUAGAGUUAAUAUGACUAUUAACUAAAGCAAAACACAACCACCAUGGCUGAUUUGGUUUGUUUUCUAGUUUUUGUAGCACUGUGAUGUAGCUACUCAUUUUAUUAUACCCUGUGGUUAUACUUUCUAUUUAAUACAAAAACAAAAUCCAAAGCUACUUUAUCCUAGUUAUUACAUAUGUUUUUCCUUUAUGCCAUGAUAUUCUGAUUGUUAAAUGUGUAUGUAAAUAAGAUGGUUAUAUAAGUAAGAUCUGUCACUCUUACAUGUACUUACAUGUACUUUGAAAGUGUUUCACUUGGCUGUGGAAUGUAUUAUUCUCUUAAUUUGCCAUGUGGGAUUUGUUUAUCCAUACUGUAGUACACUAUAUCAUGGCCAACAUUAUACUGUACUGUAUGUUACUGUUUAGAACAUUUAAUCACAAUUUAACCAUUUAGUUUCUUACUGAUUGUGGUCCAAAAUUUAUUACGAUAAUGAUCAUGAUUUUAGAUUUUAAAAAUUAUAUAAAUCUUUUACCAUCUGUAUUUCUGGUGUACUUAUUUAACUUUAAUUACCUUUUUACUAGUGAAUGCCAUGGGACCAAAUGUACAAUUUUGCACACCUAAUAUAUCUUGAAAUAAUGUAUUCAUGAUUAUCACUAAUGAGAAUUAUCAUCUCUUCUUUACAAUGCAAUAAAUGCACCUGAGUAUGGA